AUGAGUACCUUCACAUUCGUUUCUAUCUUGGUGUGUUUUCAAGCAUGCUUCAUGCAGAGUGUGUUCGGCCAGUGUAACGCCGGUUGGUCGCUAAGUUCUGCGGCCAAUAAUGCUGGGUGUGGACACGGGUUGGGGUACAACCUGGGGAGCUCCGGUUAUGGUUGGAACGGUGCCGAAGUGGCUGGGGCAUAUGGAGGCACUGGUACGGGUGACCUGGACGUGGCCGGCGAGCUGCCGGUGGUCGGUACUACUCUGGUAGCCGGACAAGUUCCCAUUUUGGGAGCUGUUCAGUUCGCGGGAGAGGUCCCAGCGGGUGGAGUGGUUUCCAUCUUCGGAAAAUGUGGUUGCGAUUGUAAUGGUGGUCCGUUGUUAUAU